GAUAUAGUCGUAUACAUUUGUGGAUAAUCUCUGUGUCUCCCUCGUUUCUCGUGUGUGCUGAAAAAUGUCUACUUCUCUACUCCCUUUUACUCCUUCCCCACUCACCAACUCCUACAGGAAGAAUGUUGUGUUUUCAAGUACCCAUUUAGGUAUAUUGUCCUUCUCCUUUAAUCAACCUUGUUGUCAAAGUUGUAAUUUUAAGCUUUGCUUUCCCAUUGGUGGUGGCACGAGGGGGAAUUGUGUUGUCUCAGCUACCUCUUCCAAAUUGUACCAAAACAAAGAAAUUGAUUCAAGCAGGUAUACAGAUUUAAAGGAGAACGUGCCUAGCAACCUGAAUGUUCUUGAGGAGCAACUGAGGGACUUAUUUAAUGAAGUCCACGCCAUGAUAAAAAUAGGGAAGGAAAAUGAGGCCAGAGAUUUGCUUCUAGCAAAUUUUGAAGCUGUCAAAGAACAGAUGGAUGCAGGUAACAAGGGUAUAGAAGAAGCUGCUAUUCUUGAUGUAACAGCCUUGGGGUACAUGGCCCUCGGUGACCUAAGGACUGUCAAACCCCUGUUGGAUGUGUUGAGCGAGAUUGUUGGUGACUUGAAAGAUGAAGAGCCUCUUCUGGACUCAAUACUCACACAUAUGGGUAAUAUGUAUGAAAAGUUGGAAAAUUUUGAGAUGUCCAUUUGUCUGUAUAGAAGAGCUGUCAAAGUUCUUGAGAGACUAUAUGGAAAUACCAGUUCUUUUAUAGUCACGCCAUUGUUAGGGAUGGCAAAAGUCCUGGGUGCUAAUGGAAAAACCAAAAAAGCAAUAGAAACAUAUCAUCGCGUGGUUAAAAUUAUCGAAUCUAGUAGGGGUGAAGAAAGUGUGGAACUGGUAGUACCUUUAUUUGGCAUGGGCAAUCUUCUUCUGAAGGAAAGGAGAGUGGCUGAUGCAGAAGUUGCUUUUAAUAGAAUUUUGACCACGUACGUGAAGUUAUAUGGAGAAAAUGAUGGCAGAGUUGGACUGUCUCUGAGUUAUCUUGCUCGUGUGAAAUGUGCUAAAGGAGAUGUGAAUGAAGCCAUUGAUCUGUAUAAAGAGGCUCUUCGCAUGCUGAAGGAUUCUGAUUAUAUAGCCGUUGAUGAUCAAAUAAUGGAGAAGAUGAGAGUAGACUUGGCUGAACUACUUCAUGCGGUUGGAAGAAGUGAAGAAGGCCGUGCACUACUGGAGGAGUGCUUGUUGAUAGCUGAGAAGUUCAAGGGAGAAGGGCAUCCUAGUUCAGUCGCUCAUCUAGUGAAUCUAGCCACUUCUUAUUCACAGUCCAAACUUUUUGCAGAAGCUGAGCGCUUGCUAAGGAUGAGUUUGCAGAUUAUGUUUAAGAAUGUUUCACCUGAUGAUCAAUCCAUUACUUUCCCAAUGCUGCAUCUUGCAGUUACUCUUUACAAUAUAAACCGUAAUGAGGAAGCCGAAAAAUAUGCAUUAGAGGUUCUGCAUAUCCGUGAGAAGGCAUUUGGAAAAGAUUCUCUACCUGUUGGGGAGGCACUUGACUGUUUGGUCUCCAUUCAAACCCGGCUGGGGAAGGAUGACGGUGAAUUGCUGGAGUUGCUCAAGAGGGUACUGAAAAUUCAAGAGAAAGCUUUUGGUACUGACAGUGAAGAAGUCAUGGAAACACUUAAAAAAGUAGUAUAUUACUUGGAGAAGACGGGGAGGAAACAUGAGAUGCUCCCUCUGCAAAGAAGAUUAUCAAAGCUCCAGACUAAAUAUAAGCAAAUGGUUCAAUAUUAAAGAUCCUACAAGGCACAUGUUUGAUGUGUAAUUGCUUUCAUGCUAUUAACAGUGCCAGAUCAUUGUGAUUGUGCAGCAAGAUAGACAUAUCUUUCGAUUGGGACUGUGCAUGUCUCAGUAGGAAAAGAGACACUGGAGUAUAGCACAAGAUCGGGCUUACUGCCAUGGUGAACAAGGUAAGCAGACGAAACUAACAAAGAUAAAAUGACAGGCAUGUGAAAGAAAUUCUUCUAAGCUAUAUCUAUCCAAGAGUGUAAAAGUGAUAUUUCAGAGAACAUUCAAAGCUAGGUGUGGAGAGAUGCAUUCAAUAUGUCGACCCAAAUAGGACAGUGUCCACAUUCCAACUACAAUCUGAUUGACUAAAACGUACAAUACUACAAUGUAGUCAAACAGUGGAAAGUGAUAGCAAAGUCCGAUCAUCUUUUGGAGAUGAAAAAUGUCACUGCCGACUCCUUUUGACUCCCUUCACAUGACAUAGAGCCGUUGAUCUACUUGAUUGAAAUUACAUCGGCGGUGCAUAGAGAAUCUGAAGGUUGUGGAAGGACUUGCUCUUUCCAUAUACAGGCACGAGCUGUAAGUCUGCAACAUAACUGGCUAAUCUGAAGGUCGAAGAAGCAUAUGCUCUUUCUUUUUAGCAUAAAUGUUAUAAGAUAGCAAAACCGUUGUUUAACCUGCAUUUGUUAAUGAUUUCUAGUGGCACACAUACAUACAUUUUGCUUUACCCAUUGUCCAGAUUCUUGAAAUAAUUGCAGUUCUUGUAUUUGAGCUA